AUGUGUGGAUAUACCGAUGACGAGAACCUCAUGCGUCUUCAGCGGUGCCUCAAAGGGAAUGCGAAGGAAGCAGUUCGGGGACAUCUCUACCAUCCGUCAUCAGUGCCACAGGUAAUGGCGACCUUGGAAACACUCUACGGUCGCCCUGAAUUGAUAGUGAAGUGCCUGAUGAAUAAAGUGUAUUCAACGCCGGCGCCGAAAGCAGACAAGCUGGAGAGCCUCAUCAGCUUCGGACUCGUCGUUCAGAACCUUUGUAGCCAGCUGCAGUCCAUGGGCAUGGACGCCCAUCUUUCAAACCCUUCGCUACUCCAGGAGUUGGUGGACAAGUUGCCGGCCAAUAUCAAGCUGGACUGGGCCUUGUACCAACGACAGAUUCCAGUAGCAGAUUUGCGGGCGUUUGGCGCGUACAUGACAACAAUUCUGUCUGCGGCCAGCAACGUCACACUUUACGCAGAGCCAGUGCGAAAGCAGGAGAAGUUCAAGGGUAAAGAGAAGGGUUUUGUGAACGCGCAUACGACGGAGCCGGAACGGAAAGUCCUGCGGGACGUCAAGACGGAAGAUGCUGGUGCUAGUACCGUUCGCCAACCGAAGCCGUGUCUACUCUGCAAGAAGGACGGACACAAAGUGCGCGAGUGCAAUAGUUUCAAGAGCUUGUCCCUGGAGAAUCGUUGGAAGACGGCCCAGCAGCUAAGCCUCUGCCGCCGUUGCCUGAUUCCUCACGGUAAGUGGCCGUGCAAGGCUACGGUGUGUGGUGUAAGCAACUGUGAAGCACGCCAUCACAAGCUACUGCACCCGGGAAACCCUCAGGCGCCGACUAUCGAAGCAGUGUCUUCAGCGAGAAGCCAGGUCACACCCACAACAUCAGCGACGGUGAACGUUCAUCGUCAACUUCCGUGUCCGGUGCUAUUCCGGAUUCUUCCAGUUACUCUUCACGGGAAAAACAAGUCAGUCACCACGUUGGCAUUCCUCGACGACGGAUCUUCCUACACACUAAUGGAAAAAGAGUUGGCUGAUGAACUGGGCGUUGAAGGUGAAGCCGAACCCCUGUGUUUGCAGUGGACCAGCAGUAUCAAACGAACCGAAAAGGAUUCACAGAACGUACAGUUGGAAAUCUCGGCGGCUGGCAACAGUCAAAAGCACACACUGGAAUACGUGCGGACGGUAGAAAGCUUGGAUCUUCCCCCGCAGUCUUUGCAGUACGAAGAGAUGGCGCGCAGAUACGAUUACCUCAAAGGUCUACCCGUAGACAGUUAUCCUAUCGCUACACCCCGUAUUCUGAUCGGUGUGGACAACGCUAAAUUGCUGCUGACGCUGAAGAAGCGAGAAGGGAAGUAUUUCGAACCAGUUGCAGCAAAAACAAGGCUUGGUUGGACCAUCUACGGGAAAGCAGAAGGACUUUCGAGUACACCAGAACAUCGUCUUCUCCACAUCUGCGCUCGCUCAUCCGACGAACAGUUACAUGACGCAGUGAAAAACUUCUUUUCCAUCGAAAACGUUGGCGUGGCACUUGUUCCACAAAUCGAAGCUGAAGAAGAUCGGCGAUCGCGUGAGAUUCUCGAGAAAACAACUAUUCGGACAUCAUCCGGGCGCUUCCAAACAGGACUGCUCUGGAAGUUUGACUGCGUUGAAUUUCCUCAAAGCCGAUUCAUGGCUGAAAAGCGACUGUCUUGUUUGGAACGGAGUUUGAGCAAGAAACCGGAGCUGUACGCAAACGUCCGACAGCAGAUCCUCGAUUAUCAAUCGAAGGGCUACGCCCAUAAGCUUACAAAUGAAGAAGCCAGCCUCAGUGACCCUAGAAGAGUCUGGUACUUGCCGUUAGGUGUGGUUCAGAACCCGAACAAGCCUGGAAAAGUCCGGGUUGUGUGGGACGCAGCGGCAACUACCGGUGGCGUAUCACUAAACUCCAUGCUGCUGAAGGGGCCGGAUCUACUCACAUCGCUACCAUCCGUACUAUUCCGUUUCCGCCAGCGAGAGGUGGCCAUUACGGGUGACAUAAAAGAAAUGUUCCAUCAGAUCCUGAUUCGGCCGGAGGAUCGACAAGCUCAGCGGUUUCUGUGGCGGGACAGUGCAACGGAACCAGUGCAGGAAUACGUGAUGGAUGUUGCAACGUUUGGGUCAACAUGUUCGCCAUGCUCUGCCCAAUACGUAAAAAACAGAAAUGCCGAAGAGUGGAAGCAGGUAUACCCGGACGCGGCCGCGGCUAUCGUGGAGAACACCUACGUAGAUGACUACGCGAACAGUUCAGAUACGGUUGCGGAAGCAGUUCGCAUAGCGCUCGAGGUGAAGGAGAUACACGCAAGUGCUGGUUUCGAGAUUCGGAAUUGGCUUUCAAGCUCCAAACAAGUUCUUCGACGGGUCGGGGAAGAAACAACGCAAGUCUCAAAGUGCUUCAUUGCAGAGAAGUCCACCGGUUCAGAACGGGUACUUGGAAUGGCGUGGCUACCAGAACCCGACGAAUUCACGUUUGCUCUUAAGCUUCGUGAUGAAGUUGUUCAACUGUUGGCGGAAGGAUUCAUUCCGACAAAGCGUCAAGUGCUAAGAGUGGUCAUGAGCAUCUUUGAUCCUCUCGGGCUUGUUGCAGCGUUUGUAGUGCACGGAAAAUGCUUGAUCCAGGACAUUUGGAGAGCGAAAGUGAACUGGGACGAGCGAAUUCCAGAAGAAUUGGUCAUCAAGUGGCGGCGUUGGGUGGAGGUGCUGCAAAACCUUAACCAGGUGAAGAUUCCACGCUGCUAUUUUCCUGGAUACGAUCACCGCAGUUUGAAACGCUUGGAACUUCACGUGUUCGUAGAUGCAAGUGAGGCCGCGUAUGCAUGCGCCGCUUAUUUCCGGAUUGUCGACCGAGGACAGGUACGCUGCGCGCUGGUGACGGCCAAAACAAAAGUGGCACCUCUAAGUGCAAUGUCGGUGCCUCGUUUGGAACUGCAAGCCGCAGUUAUCGGUGUCCGACUAAUGAAAUCGGUGCAGGAAAACCAUACAUUACCGAUAAGCCGUCGCGUAAUCUGGGGCGACUCUAAAACAGUUCAAUCGUGGCUUCGAUCGGAUCAGCGGAAGUACCGACAAUUUGUGGCGUUCAGGGUCAGCGAGAUUCUGAAUGAGACGAGCCUGGAAGAAUGGAAAUGGGUUCCUACACGACGCAACGUAGCAGAUGAAGCCACCAAGUGGGGCAAAGGACCGAGCUUUCAACCAGACAGUCGAUGGUUUACAGGACCUGAAUUCCUUUACGAGGAUGAAUCUAGAUGGCCAGAACAGGAAUACUCGCCGCCGGAUAUCCAGGAAGAAAUGCGACCAGUCCACGCCCACCACCGCCCAUCUUCGAAUCCAGUGUUCAAUUACCAGCGGUUCUCCAAGUAUCAACGACUUCUACGGACGGUAGGGUAUGUACUGCGCUUCAUUGAUCGUUGUCGUCGAAAGCCUGCAACCGAUUCUUCCGAUACUGGAGUACUGUCGAGAAAGGAGCUGUUGGAGGCGGAACUCGUGCUGUGGCGGUUGGUGCAGAACGAAGAAUAUGCCGAAGAAGUGUCGACGAUUCGCAAGAACAAGGAACGACCGCCAGGAGAAGUCAAAAGGUUGACGAAAAGUAGCCCGUUACGCAAGUUGACGGUUUUUCUCGACGAUAACGGAGUUCUGCGUAUCGAAGGGCGGAUUGAGGCAGCAAAAUUUGUUCCAUACGAGCCCAAGUAUCCCGUGGUGCUCCCAAAACAACACUACGUUACUCGACUGCUCGUCGAUCACUUUCACCGACGGUACGCACAUGGUUACGGAGAAACGGUGAUCAACGAGCUUCGACAGAUCUUCCACAUUCCUGGUUUGAGAACUCUUGUCCGACAGAUUGCCAAUCGUUGCUCAUGGUGUACCGUGUAUCGUGCAGCUCCCCGGUCCCCGCGAAUGGCACCUCUUCCAGCUGCGAGAGUGACCCCGUACGUCCGGCCAUUCACAUUUAUUGGCAUCGACUACUGUGGGCCUUUCCUGAUUCGCAUCGGUAGAAACAACGUGAAGAGAUGGGUGGUACUCAUCACUUGCCUAACUGUACGAGCCGUUCAUCUAGAGAUUGCCUGCAGCUUGUCCAGUGAGUCAUGCAAGAUGGCUAUUAGACGGUUUAUCGCCAGGAGAGGAGCUCCGCAGGAGAUCUACAGUGACCAGGGCACAAAUUUUGUUGGUGCAAGCAAAGAGUUACGGGAGGAAAUAGCUGCGAUGAACCAUACGUUGGGCAGAACCUUCACCAACCGUGACACUCAGUGGCGUUUCAACCCCCCGGCCGCCCCCCACAUGGGUGGAGCGUGGGAACGCAUGGUGCGAACCGUGAAAGUUUCGCUGCAGACGCUCCAGACCAGUAGGACACCAGAUGAGGAGACGUUCCACACCCUUCUGACUGAAGUGGAAGGUAUAAUCAACUCGCGACCGCUGACAUUUGUUCCGUUAGGAUCAGAGGAAGAAGAAGCUCUUACACCUAACCACUUCCUGAUGCUUAGUUCUAACGGUGUAGUUCAGCCACCACAGGAACCGGUGACGGAUAGCGGACGAGCACUCAGGGCUAACUGGGAUCUGAUACGAAGUAUGUUGGACCAGUUCUGGACGAAAUGGAUAAAGGGCUACCUGCCCACGAUCUGUCGCCGCUCCAAGUGGUUCGACGAUAUCAAGCCAGUACAAGUAGGAGAUUUAGUGGUGGUGAUUGACGAAGGAACCCGGAACAGCUGGACUCGCGGAAAGGUGGUUAAGGUCUAUCCUGGAAACGAUGGCAGAAUACGAAAAGUGGACGUGCAGACUGCGAAUGGAGUGUUCCAGCGACCGGUUACCAAGGUAGCUGUGCUUGAUGUGGCUGUAGGUGGUAUAGCUGAGCCUGAGGCAGGACAGCAGCAAUACGGGUCGGGGAAUGUGCGCGAGGAAGCCCACCGUGCACACUACCACCAACCUGGUCGAUAA